ACGCCACUCACUCUCCCUCUGAACGUAAAAGGUCCCUUCCGUCUGAUGACGAAGAAGAUGAUCUUAGCCAAGAGGAAGGAAGAAGUCGCUUUAAGCGUCCUGCGUUAACCAAUUCAGGCGGGGAAGACGACUCUUCGGAGUUUG